AUGGAAAUCGAAGAUUUAGUUCCAGUUUUAACAUAUUCUGAUUCUGUUGAUCAGGAGAAAGUGUUGAUGGAUGAUAUGAUGGAAAAGGGUUUAGCAAGAUUUGGUUGGUUAGAAUUUAUGCAGUGCAUUGUUGUUUCAUUUGCAUCUUUCUUUGAUGCACAGCAAUCAUUCCUAACGAUUUACACGGAAGAAUACCCGACAUGGCAUUGCACAAAUUCGACAUUAUGUAACUCAGAUUCUAAUAUCUGCAAUAUCCCUAAAUCUUCAUGGUCAUGGGAUGGACCAUCGCACAAAACAGUGAUAUCACAAUGGGGUCUUGAGUGUGCUAGUAGCUUCAUUACUGGUUUACCGCAAUCUUCGUUCUUUAUUGGUUGUUUUUUGGGUUUGUUUCUUCUCACAACUUUAGCUGAUACUUCACUUGGAAGAAAGAACACACUUGUUUUGUCUUGUUUAUCGACUUCUAUAGCUUCAGUUCUCAUAGUUUUCUCUACCAAUAUUUGGAUUUACUCCGCUUUUAAGUUCUUGAUUGGCUUUUUGCGUUCGUCGAUCGGAACCUGUGUUUUAGUUUUGCUCACUGAGAAAGUUAGUACUCAAUGGAGGUUCACGGUUGGUAUUUCUGAAUACUUAUGCUUCGUAUUAGGGUAUAUGUCACUGUCUGGUAUAGCAUAUGUUAACAGAUUUAAUUCAUGGAGAUCGGUUUACAUCUGGACGUCAGUUCCGGCUAUUUGUUACUCGGUUCUUGCUUAUAUCUUUGUUACUGAGUCUCCAAGGUGGCUUCUAACGCAAGGAAGAUAUCAAGAAGCUAUGGCAAUGCUUACGGGAGUUUCUUCAUUAGAGAAUGGUAAUGAUUUGACGGUAGGUCUGAUAGAAGCACCGGUGAAUAAACAAAAGGCUUCGAUUUUCCAACUCUACUCAUCGAUAGCCGAGUUGUUUGGGAGAGGUUGGGCUUUAAAGCGAACGGUGGCAGUAAUGGUGCUUGGUAUUGGAAUUGGAAUGAUGUAUUUUGGUAUGCCAUUAGCAGUUGGGAACUUAGGAAUGGAUAUUUACUUGGCCGUUGUGUUCAGUGGCUUGAUGGAAAUACCGGCUUGUGUGGCUUCCUAUUUCUUGGAGAACCGUCGAAGAAAGCCAUCAAUUCUUGUAUUUUCAGUAGCCAGCGGCGUAUGCUGUAUAAUGUGUGUUGUUGUCGGAUCAGGAAUACAAGAACUUAGAGUCGGAUUAGCAAUGACAUCAUUUUUCAGUGCUUGCACUGCUUUUAAUGUCUUUCUCAUUUACAUUCUUGAGCUAUUUCCAACAAGCGUAAGGAACACUACAACAUCAUUGGUGAGACAAGCUAUUGUUGUUGGUAACGUUUUCACCCCCUUUUUGAUAUCGGCCGGGAGGAAAAAUGACAUAUUCUCUUACGGCGUGUUUGGACUAGUUAUCUUGUUGUCAUGUUUUACAUUGCUUGGUUUGCCAGAGACAAGAGGAUUAGCUUUUUGUGAUACCAUGGAUCAACAAGAGAAGAAAGACAAUAUGUUGGAAUAA